UCUCCAGUCGUCCUUCGUUCUUCGUAACCGUCGCGCGCGCACACUGUUUUUCUCUCCUAUCCAUCCUCACAUUUCGGAGCAUACCACCAACUUGCUUAUUGUAUAUCCUCUCCUCUUAUCUGCACACAAACCGAUAAAUAGGCAGGUUUUCCGAGGAACAAACUCCAAAAAUGACAGAUAAACUAAGCGUGUGCAUCGUUGGCUCCGGCAAUUGGGGCUCGGCGAUCGCCAAGAUCGUCGGGGCAAACGCGGCCGCCCUCGACACCUUCGAGGAUCGCGUGACGAUGUACGUGUACGAGGAGCUGAUCGACGGCCGCAAGCUCACCGAAAUCAUCAACGAGGAACACGUUAACGUCAAAUACCUACCGGGACACAAGCUACCCGAGAACGUCGUGGCAGUGCCCGAUGUAGUGGACGCAGCCAAGGAAGCCGACAUCCUUAUUUUCGUUGUACCUCACCAGUUCAUCCCAAGGAUAUGCGACACCUUGCACGGAAAGAUCAAGGACAACGCAGUAGGACUAUCCCUGAUCAAGGGAUUCGACCAGAAAGACGGUGGCGGCAUCGAGCUCAUAUCUCACAUAAUUACUCGACAACUCGGCAUCCCCUGCUCAGUCUUGAUGGGUGCGAAUUUGGCGAACGAGGUGGCCGAUGGAAAGUUCUGUGAAACGACCAUUGGCUGCAAGGACAAGGAUAAGGCGGCAAUAUUAAAGGAUCUCAUCCAAACCAAAGACUUCCGAGUAGUGAUCGCCGAAGACGUCGAUUCCGUCGAGUGCUGUGGUGCACUCAAGAACAUUGUCGCUUGCGGCGCUGGUUUUGUGGAUGGUCUCGGGUAUGGCGACAACACCAAAGCCGCCGUCAUCAGGCUGGGUCUCAUGGAGAUGAUCAAGUUUGUCGAUGUUUUCUUCCCGGGAGGUAAACUUUCGACCUUCUUCGAGAGCUGCGGCGUUGCCGACCUGAUAACUACCUGCUACGGCGGCAGAAAUCGCAAGGUCUCCGAGGCUUUCGUCAAAACUGGCCGGUCGAUCGAGGAAUUGGAGAAGGACAUGCUGAAUGGACAGAAGCUCCAGGGUCCCAUCACUGCCGAGGAGGUCAACCACAUGCUGAACGCCAAGGGUAUGGAGAACAGAUUUCCCCUGUUUACGGCCAUCCACAGAAUUUGCAAGAGGGAGCUCAACCCGCAGGACCUCAUAGACUGCAUCAGAUACCAUCCUGAGCAUAUGUAAGCCACAUACAACAACAUCUCUACGUGACCUCUAAGUUUUUCCAUUCACCAACUAAAAAUCAAAAAACAACAAGCACGAAAAAUUAUUCGCGGAAACUACGCUUUUCCCGCGUGUGAGUUUCGUCAGCUGCUCGAGAACGAACUUUCAGUAUUGCGUGCUGCUCGAGCUAACGAAAUAUUUUGUUGUAGUGUUGUGUUGUUAAAAACUUACUUU